AUGGCGGCGUUCGCGCGGCGCAAGGCGCAGCGGCUCGCGCGGCCCGACCCCAGCCGGAAGCGCGCGCUGGACGCGCGAGCCGCGGAGCUCGCGCGGAUCCUGAACGCGCGCGAGCGCUUCUGCACCGCGAGCUCGUGCGAUGGGAGAGUCACCGUGACGGACACGGACGGCACGGGCGUCCAGAAGAAGAACUGCACGUGGCUCCUGGUCACGCAUGAGCCGUGUGCCAAAGGCGAUGUGAUGACAGCGCUGGAGAAAGCCACAGGUGAUGCUGUGUUCAAGUUUGAACCAUUUGUUCUUCACGUGCUGUGUCGGGAGCUGCAGGAUGCACAGCUGCUGCAUUCAGUGGCUAUUGACUCUGGGUUCAGGAACUCUGGUAUUACAGUUGGCAGAGGAGGAAAAAUUACAAUGGCUGUGCGGAGCACUCACUGCUUAGAAGUUCCACUGAGCCACAAAGGGAGGUUGAUGGUCUCUGAAGAAUAUAUUGAAUUUCUGGUACAUGUGGCUAAUCAGAAAAUGGAAGAAAACAUAAGGAGGAUUGACAGAUUCCAGAAAGGCCUGGAGCUGGCUCUGGAAGCUGCUGUCCCUGCAGACACCUUGUUUCCCGAGGGGCCAGAGAAGAGCCACUCUGUGUACGUGCACAGAAGGAAGAGACAAACUGCUCAGGAACAGACUGAUCCCAGCAGAGAGCUGGAACCCCAGGAUGAUACUGAAAGCAGUCUUGGUCUGUUUGCUGAAAUCAUGAUAUAGACUAAGACAUUUGAAAGCAAAUGGUGAACUGAAAAAUGUUUGUAAUGCUUUUUUAAAGACAUUUAUAUACUCCUGUGCUCCAAGUAGUAAUACUCUCAUGGACGUUGACCAGAAAAGAGGUAAUUAACAGAACAGUGAGCAGGUGUAGCUGCAGGACACAGAGAACAAAGCUGUAGAAUGUUUGGGGAGUUUUUAAGUGUACUGUUGAAUUAACAAAGUGGUACUCCAUCAGUUAUCCCAGAAAGAGCUGGUUUGCUGCAGCCUUUUGCCGUUCUCUGUGGCAGCAUUUCACUUCCAGCUUCCUGGGUUUUGCAGAGCCACAGCUGGCUCUGCAGGUUCCUCCCUCAGGGAGGUGGAGAGGUGCUGGGGACAAGCACUGAAGACUGAAGACCAUCCACUCGUGAGACAGCCAAUACAUGAGGUGGAAAUUGCACAGAAACUUUCCAAAGUAACGCUGUGUGCAUUUGGGCAGACUGGUUAAAGUAGGACUCGACCCAGGGACAUAAUUUCUCACAGUGCUGGCCAGGAGCUGUGUGAACAAAACUGAGUCCCAGAGCCCAUGGGCAGCAGGCAGCUGGUGGGAGCAGCCAAGGUCCCACAGCAGGGCAGGGCACAGUGGCUCCUCAGCUGUGGGGACAUGGCCUGUGUCACACCUUUGCAGUCACCGUUUUCACAGACCUUCCUCUCCAGUCUGAGCCUCUGAGCCUGUCUGGGCUGAACUGAAGCCCCAGGGCUUCUGUAGAUGAAAAGCAACGUCUGCCUCCAUGCAGAGGGUCCUCCCCAGCCUGCUGCCUUAGCUAAGCCCCAGGGAGUGCCUGUUGCCAUCGCCACUGCUGGCAGUCCCACUGUUCCUGCACGUCCCUCUUCGCCACCUGGGGGGCACAUCUUGUACACAGAGGAGGUAGCUGUUGCUUGUGGAUUUCAGGGAAUUUGUUCAGAAUAGUCUGAACCCUCCUCUGCAUGUGACAUUUAUUGAAAUGUCUGGUGCUGCUCUGUUGGACGUGGCUGGAGGGACUGACACCAGCAGCACCCACCACAGACACUAACAGCCAGACUCACCCUGUGUAACAACACUGCACUAUUUACACUCUGAGAAAUAACAGUUUGUCAGAAACUGAUGUGUGGUAUGGUCCCACAUUCCCCUGAAAAAUGAUUAAAAGUUCCAUCAGCUCAUUUUGAGGUUAAUUUUGUCAAGCUGUGUUUUAUUUCCAACUGCUGUAUGGGAUUCUGAUGGGCUGUAAAUGUGCAGCCAUUGGAAAGAGAAUCCCAAGGCAUAGCAGCUGCAGGCAGCACCCCUGGAAAUGGGAUUCUAGGGGUUAUGGCUGAAAGGAAAUUCACUGAUAAGCAACAAGAUUCCGAAAACUGUCAAAUCUUUAGCAUUUGUCAGUGUGCUUAGCCACUUAA